AUGGAAAUUAAUAGUGCCUUAAGAGUGUUUUGGAAAUCAAGGGAAUGGAAUAUGAGAAAAACAGCCAUUCAUUCAGACAUAGACAUUCCACUUUCAUGGAAAAGAAAGUCUUUUAGAAAGAAGAUGAGACUAUCCGGAGAUUCUGAAGACCAGGAUGAGCAGGUCUGUUUUGAAGCAAUCACAUUUCCCUGUUCCAUAUGCAAGCAUGAAAUUGAGCCAUCUGGAACUUUCUUCCAUAAAAAGCAACACAUAGCUCUGGCCACUUUGGGUUUUCAGUGGAUGGGUAGAAAGAAACCAGGGCCUUCAGUAAUUGCUAUUCAGAGACAGUUUGUAAUUACUAAAGUAUUGUCAUUUUCCUUAUUCAGUGAAAGAGUCCUACAGAGCAUUAAUAAUGCUUUUGAGCUACUUUGGAACAAAGAAAUACCACAAUACUAUAAGAUUGUUGAUAACAUUCAUAUGAGUUCCACAUAUUCUCAAAAAGUCUGCCAUCUAUUAAUUAAAGGAGUAGCCAUUUGUGAAGACAGGAAUUCUACAUGGAAAGCUAACAUGAACGAUAAAUUCACUGUAGUGAAUCGUUUUGGCAAUAAACCCAAUGUGUGUUUUUUUGGUUUGUUUGAUGGGCAUCAUGGUGCUUCAGCGGCAGACUUGUCUUCAGUGGAACUCCCAGUUUUACUUCUCCAUCAACUUUCCAGACUUGAUCCUUCCUACCAAAUGACCCCUAAAGAGCAAAAAGUAAUCGAUUCCUUUCACACAGUGUUUAGGGAAGAAUACACAGCUAUAGAAGACUUUUUCUCUGCCAUAAAGAAAAGAGCAAAAGUGUUGACGUGUGAGCAUGAGAACAUACACAGAGCCUUUGCAAAAGCAUUUUGGAGAAUGGAUAGGCUUUUACGUCUCGGAAGGAAAGAAGUAUCCAGGGUUCGAUGGAGUGGCUGUUCUGCAGUUACUUGUAUAUUGGAAGGCAACACUGAAAAUCCCCUUGCCAAGAACUGGAGAAGAACCAAUGACUAUGGUGGUUUGGCAGAGAAGUUCUCUUCCCCAAUAAUGCCACAAAUAAUUUCUGGAGUACUACAUAUUGCAAACACUGGCAGUGUGCAAGCGGUCUUAUGCAGAAAUGGGAAAAGCUUUUGCCUAACCAAAGAACACACUACGCGAAACAUAAGUGAAAGAAGAAGAGUACUUCAGAGGGGAGCAAUGAUUAGUUCAAGUGAACCAUACGGGCUCCUGGAAGGGCAAACAAGAGUCACACAAGGACUUGGAUUUCAUGGGAGUCUCAAACUGAAAAAAUUCAUUAUUCCAGCACCUCAAACGCUAUCUGUCCCUAUAGAUGACUUAUGUCAAUUCCUUAUCUUGGCUACUAAUGGACUCUGGGAAGUUCUGGAUAAAAAGGAAGUCACUGCACUAGCAAUUACAAUGUUUCAAGCGUAUCAAGAAACAUACUGUUCUAGCUCACAAAACACACCUUCACCAUCCCCAGGGCCUUCGUUUUGCCCAAUCAAUGAACCAAGUGUUUCUAAGUCAGAAAGUAAUAUUCACAUACUGUUUCAGUACAAACCUGAAUCUGAAGAAUGUAUGUCAAAUAUAAAUUCAAAAAAAAAUCUGACUGAUUCAAAAUAUUCUAAAUAUUGCACUUUUAACCCUAAAAAUGAACAAACAUUUCCACCAGAAAUGACUAACCAUGAUCCUUGCAGUGAGAAAGAAACUGAUGGACCAACCAGUGUAGAUGGUGUGCCAAAAGAGUCAAGUGAAAAAGAAAAAGAGACAUGUACCAAGAGUUUCUAUGAAAGUGCAGCUGAGUAUAUUAGCCAUGAACUUGUAAAUGCUGCUUUAGCUGCUGGCUCCAGAGACAACAUUACAGUUAUGGUAAUUCUCCUCAGUGGAAGUGAAUAUGUUUCUGACAUAAAAGAUAAAGUUCCCAUUAUCCAGAGUACAAAAAUAUAAAGAUAAUUCUUCAAUGAACCAGGUAUUAGGAUAAUAUAUCAAUACCAUGCAAAUCAUAUUUUAAGAAUGGAGUAAAGAAAAUAUAAAAGCAGAUUUUAGGUUACAUAAUACCAUUCAUAUAUGUUCACUCUUCCAUGCCAAAAAAGAGAGAAAAACCAGUACUGGCUUUUUAUACCACUUUAUUCCAACCUGAGCACCUCAAUAUAAAACUAAACACUGGUGAACUGUUUUCCUUACUAAUUCUGAAUUACUGUAAAUGUACAAGUUCUGCUAGCAGUUCAACACUUAAAUAGAUUAAAUCAUCUCUGACACAUGGUAGAUUUCAUAUAAUGAAAAUACCUAAAACAAUUAGUGCAAUAUACUGAUCAGAAUAAAAUGAACUUUGGAAAACAAGGCUGCAAGAUUGUUACUAACAUAUUGCAAUACUUAAGUUACAAAUUACUGGUACAUUGUUUAUUAUGGUUCUAGCCAGGUAGGAACAACUGAAGCCCCUUCCUUUCAAAGGAGGAGAGAAGGAAAAAAUUAGCUGUUUUUAGUAACUGUACAUUUUGUAUACUUUAAGCAACUCUUAAAUAUUACAGAAAAGUAAUAAACAUAUAUGGAGACUACAAUGCAGUACCCUAUUUACAGUACAGCCGAAGAUCGAAUUUAAAAUAAUCAAGUUUGAAUGUACAUAAUUGUUAGUGCAUUGACUAUAUUACGUCCAAAGGGAACAAAAGCCCCC